UGGUCACACUGGCCCCCACGAACAACUUAACAAGAGCAGCAGGAAAAUCGAACAACUUUCUUUUUCCCCUGCAUUGUGUGUGUGCAUGCAAAAUCACAAAGUGCGCAAAAUAGCUUCAUUCAGCUAACCGAUUCGACUCAAACGUGGAUUAAUUGGCCAGCGGCUUCGACGCCCCGCUCACCGUCAGCCGCCCUCGCAAAAUAUUAAUAAAUUGCCAAAAACACCUACGCGCAGGCAAUUAAGACCGUGUUGUUGUGUGUGUGUGCUCGCGAGUGUAUGUGUGUGUGUGUGAGCUGGGCAGUAAACAUUUUCUGGUGAAAAUCGGUGGAAAAUGAAGAAAAUCCUGUCCAAGUUCGAGCGCAAUGAGAACUCGCGACUGGAGAAUCCCCCUAACAGCAGCAGCUCGUCGUCCUCGAACGAGAAGAACAGCUUUCUCGGCAAGGUCUUCACAGUGGGACGCGUCACGGUCACCGUGGAAGAUGUCCUGGCAGAAGGUGGCUUCGCCAUGGUGUUCUUGGCCAGGGGAAACGGCGGAGGCAGUGCCUCGGCGACCAAGUACGCCCUGAAGCGAAUGUACGUCAACAAUGAGCACGAUCUGAAUGUAGCCAAGCGCGAGAUACAGAUUGCGAGCAACCUGAGUGGGCACAAGAACAUCAUCGGCUACGUGGACUCGAGCAUCACGCCCACCGGGAACGGGGUGUGCGAGGUGCUCCUCCUGAUGCCCUACUGCAAGCAUCACAUGCUGGCCAUGAUGAAUGCAAGAUUACACGUUGGCUUCACGGAGCCCGAGGUGCUGAACAUCUUCUGUGAUAUUGCCGAGGCGGUCUCCCGAUUGCACUACUGUCAGACCCCAAUCAUUCACCGUGAUCUAAAGGUGGAGAACAUCCUGCAGACGGACGCGGGCAACUUCGUACUCUGCGACUUUGGUUCGGCAACGGCCAAGACGCUGAACCCCCAACAGCACGGAGUUACUGUGGUGCAGGAGGAGAUCCAGAAGUACACCACACUGUCCUAUCGAGCUCCGGAAAUGAUUGACCUAUACGGCGGGAAGAGCAUCACCACCAAGGCGGACAUCUGGGCACUGGGUUGCAUGCUCUACAAGCUGUGCUUCUUUUCGCUGCCCUUCGGGGAGAGCACACUGUCCAUCCAGAAUGGGCAGUUCUCCAUCCCGGACUCCUCCAAAUACUCGAAGGGCAUGCAUCAGCUGAUUAAGUACAUGUUGGAUACGGAUCAGGAUCGGCGGCCUAAUAUUUGGCAGGUCUGCGAGGUGGCUUUUCGACUAGCUGGCAAGGAUAAUCCCGUGCAGAAUCUUCAUAAAACUCCCAUUCCAAAUUUCGAUCUUCUAGUGGUGCCUCCCUUCGAAUCGGAGGCCAAGAGGAUGAGUGCCGCAGCCUCCAAGGCGGCAAAAGCCCAAAACGUGUCGGUUGUGGAGGCGGGCACCAGUGUAGCCCCUCGAUCGCGACCCAAGGGCUCUUCCUCGGUGCAUGGAGGCAAUCCCUUGGGUCUCGGCUUGCCGCCCAGUCCCUCUCCAAGGCAGAAUAUCACCUCCCCACAGCCUCAACCGCAACCGGUGGUCGAGCAGUUCCAGGCCAACUUCCCAGCCAUGCCGCCAGCUGUUGCCCCACCUGCUCAGCCGGUUACUCCCGCAGCUCCUGCAGCCAAUAAUCUCUUCGAGACUAGCGGAUAUCCAGAUCCCUUCAAUGAGCCAGCGACAGCAGCAAUUGCAGCUGAAUUUAUACCAGCACCAGAGGAGAACAACAAAGAGGAAGUGCCUCAGGAUUUGAGUGUCGACGGUACGCCCACUAAGACCAUGCUGACGCCUCCGAAACCCAGCGGAGGUGGUGGUCAUAGGCGAAAUGUUAGCGACACCUCGGCCUUCAAUAAAACGUUUGCCAAUGAGACAAGUCAGUUUCUGGCUCCGUUUAACAAUAACCUGGCUGCCGUGGGAGAUGGUCCCCAGACUUUGGCCAGUGCUGCUUCAAAUCCUGGUAUUUACGCAUCUGCAACGGCGAACUCUUCAGCCGUGUCCAUUAGCGAAUUGAUGAAGCCUGGCCAAACGGCGGUGGAGAAACGAGUGGAGGCUUGGAACCCGUUCGAGGAGGAGCAGCCCUUCAGCCAGAUGACCGAGGACCACAUCUUCGAGGCGGAGUUUGAUAAGAUCCGCCAGAGAGGCAGUCAAGGAAGUAUCACAGCCAAAUCGGCAUCUACAACUUCCACACUGACGCCCACGGAGCAAAAUCCUCCGGCGGUUGUGGCACCCAUUUCCACUGCUACCGUUGCAGUGCCUCCGCCUCCGAUUGCAGCCACUGUGUCGCCGCAUCCGCCGCAGAUUUCGGAGGAUCCCUUCGGAUCGGCGCCAUUCAGUUUGCCACCCGGACUGCGCGAGAAGGCCAUCUCGCUGCGCAAAACCGGAGCGAAAUUCAUCGGCGUCUCGUCCGGCGUAUCGGUAGGCGGCGUGGCCACGUCCAUCGGCCUGGUGGCAGGCGGAGUCAACACCGCCACCUCAUCGAACUCGUCCAAGUGGCUGCUCUCGCCCACUUUGGAGGUUUCCAGCGAGGAGAAGACCUCGCUCAUCAGCAAACUGAAAACCGAUUCGGAAGGAGCAAUUCCCGGCAGUGUGGGUGGACCCGGAGAAGGUGUCACUGGUUAUGUGAAGCUGCCGCUAGAGGAUCGCAACAAGUAUGAGAAGCUGCGCAGCAAGGAUCAGCCCACGUCCGAUGACUCCGAUUCCGAGGGCUCUGAGUUCUUUCAGCAGGAUAGCGAUGAAGGCGGUGGCGGCAUCUUCAAGCAGAUGCAGUUGGUGACCAGCACGUUGCCGGAGACCAUUCACAAAAUCCAGCAGGUGGCCUAUCACAAGGUGGACAAGACAGCCCAUCUGCCGAUUGUGAAGAAACUGCGCGAGAAGACCAAGAAACCCACGACGGCUGCCCAUCAGGCGGCCCAGCAACUGAAUCUCAUGGCGGCCGCAGUGGCUGCCCAAGCUGAGGAGGCUGCCAAGGCGGCGGAGUCCGAUGGCGAUUCCAUAGGGUCUGCUAGUGAUCUGCGAGCCGAGGACGAUGACCUGUUCGACGAGAAUCCUCGACAGACGCAGGCCAAGUUGCGUCGUCCGUUGCCAACGGAAAUGGAUGGCAUAAGCGAGUCCGUCAAGACCUGCAGCAGUUCCGCCUAUCAUGCCGAGUGCGAAAGUGUGACCACCCACGAGGAUGAUGUGCGCAGCAGGGUGGUGGUCAAGGUGCGGAUGAGGAAGAAGGACAGGAGUCUUGUGGCCGGCAACGGAGAUCCGAGUGCACCGUCCGAGGAACUCAGUCCCACGUCCAGUGAUCUGCUGCACAAGUUCGGCGAUCGACCGUUGCUGCUGGACGAUGAACUGGAUUACGGUUCGGGGGAAAGCAAGAGCAGCACUGAAUCUCCACUGGCAGCUCCGCUACCAACCAAUCCCGAGGUGCCGGAAUCAGAGGAGGAUGUCUUUGCCCUGGCUCCGUUUAAGUUACCCGUGGGUAUUCCCCUGAAAAGGAAGAGCAAGCCCAAGACCAAGCCAAAACCCACGGAACCCGAGAUGUGGACCUCGACACCCGUUAAAGGUGCAGGAGUGCCAGAACCUUCGGCCAACUUUGCCAGCUUUCCGGCGCAACUAACGCCAACGAACCAAACGGGGAAUUCCCCACAGCUGGACGAGUUCAACGAACCAAUUUUCAAUCCCUUCCAGGAGAACUCGCAGAAGCCGCCGGAGCAAGUGGAGAGCAAUCAGUGCGAUCUGUUUGGCCUGGAGCCGUUUCCCCAGGUAAUUCGUACCAUCGAACAAAACCCACAGCACCACCAGAUCCACAACUUUCCCCAGAACAACAACAACAACAACAAUAAUAAUAAUAAUAACAAUGUGAUCAAAGUGCCCGCCUCCGUGUCUGUGUCUCUUCCCGCCUCCGCCUCCGUUCCCGUAUCCGUUUCUGUGAAUGUCUCUGCCCCACAACUGGUGACCAUAAAUCACUCGAUUAUUAUCAACAAAACGCCGGAGCCACCGAUGAACUAUAUGAACAACAACAAUAGUAUUGGCCAGACGGUCAAAUCGAGUGGCACCAGCAGUGUGUAUGUGAAUGUGCCGUCUUAUUCCAGCAUGAGCACCACCAGUUCCUGCUCCAUUAACCAGCCACAAUCCUCACCAGCAGCUGUCAUCCCGGUUGCGGUUGCGGUUGCGGCAGCAUCCGUUCCAGUUCCAGUUCCAGUUCCUGCCCCCGUUUCCAUAGCGGUUCCAGCUGCUGCUGCUGCUCCAAUUCCCGUGGCCGCCACCCAUCUCCGCCCGUUGCUACCCAUUGCCGAUAAUGCUUAUGUGCAAAUCUCCCAAGAUCGCUGCUCCGAUUUUACACCGGACGACGAGGAGGAGCCCGUGGUGCUGCGUGGUGCCGAUGUGGUGGCAGACGGACUGGGUAUACCGACCCCUGGAAGCCAAAAAGAGAAAUCCCAUCUGGCUGUGAGGGUUCUGCCCGGCAAGCUGACCCAAAAGGUGAAGGGUCACUCGUACAAGAAGGUCAGCGCUGCCGCCUUGGGAUCCACCAGCUCCCUGAGUUCCGGCAGCAAGCAGAAGCACCAGCGAUUGCAGUACCAGUCCCACGACGAUGACGACGACGAACCGGAUCAGGACGAGAACCGGGGAGCCGGCGGCAGUCGCAAUUUCCAAUCGAACACCAUACAAAAUUCAGCGAAAACCGGCUUCAGCAACAUGAGCUUCGAGGACUUUCCCUCGGAUCAGGAAAUGGAUCGUUUGUCCAGAACGAUUCCGUUCGAGGUGGUCAGGAACGAGAAGAUGUUGCUCGAGGCGGAGAAGAAAUUCGGAUCACUGAAGAGGCGUAACAAUCUGUUCUCCUAGACGGAGGAUUGGGCAAAAAGAAAACUAUCAAGGAGACCUGAGACUGAGUGUUUCAAAUUAUUUUGGCAUUUCGUUUAAGCUUUUCUCCGUUCCGUGUUUAUUUUUCAUGUCGUUCCAAUAUCAAAUAACUGUAUUUUUUGAGCCUAGUAUUUAUUCGCGUAUAGCAAUGUUGAAAAGUGGUUAAAAAUAUUAAAACCUACACACACAUAUUAUACACACAACAAGAUCAAUACCUAUAACUGUUAUUUAGUGCAAAAAUGUAAAAUAGAUUUAGAGGCGAAAAAAAUGUUUUAGAAUUUAUACAAUGCGUAAGCUUACCAAAGUUACAUUUAUGUUUGUGGCAUUUUUCCGCUUGAAAUAUUCCCCCAAUUAUUUAUUUAUACAAAAACUACAUAUGUGAUUAUACACCCAAUAACAACCCCAAAAACCAAUUUAUCACUUAAACCAAUUGCAUUAACUAACACCAAGGUAUUUAAGGAUUAAUUAUUCUAUCCGUAUCGAUUAACAUAUGCGUCUAUGUUAGUAUACCAUUUGUUUUGCAUAUGUAUUAUCUCGACUAUAUAAAAUAUGCGUAUUGUAUUUAUAUUUUAA